CGUUACAGAAAAGCCAAAGAACAAAACGGUAAACCGGAUCCUGCUAAAACCUGCUUGUACUAUCUGUUGUAAAUGCUGUGGGAGAGAAAUAAAAGGAAAUAUAUUGUCUAUUUAUUUUCCGGGGAUUCUACGGUGAAGUCUCGGCAAAAUCUCCGCCGUUGCUCUGCAAUAGUUAGGUUUUAUUUAUUUAUUUUAUUUAUUUUUUGGCCAAUCAGAUUUAGGUGCGGAUAUACAGCUAUAGGUAUAGAGAGAGAAGUAGAGCGCGACUUUUGGGAUCAAUGGCGUUAGUGGAUUGAGUUGACUGCAUUGGAGACAGAGAGGGAUUGAGGGAGGGAGGGAGAGAUGGAAGAGGAUAUGGAUAUGGAAGUAGAGGUGGAGAUGGUGUUCGAGGCGCGUGAGAUUGAUCUGGAUUACGAGUUCGAUGCACCUCGGUUUUUCGAUUUCACUCGAGAGGAGUCCGUCCCGGAGGCUCGCGAGUUCCAGCGCUGGUUCGAGUCUGCCAAGAGUUAUCCGCCAUCUCCCUUUGUUGCCAAGUUGGCACUAAGAGAAGACAUCCUACUGGAAAAUGUGAUUAACUCUCCCAAACACAAAGAUGCUGAAAUUGCUGAUACUUCCCACAAUCUUGACUCCAAUGAUGGCCUGGGCCCAGAACCUUUUGCUGUAGAUAUGGAGAGCAGAGAUUGUGACGGAACGGAUAGAAGAAUCCUCAUGGACGUAAAGAACUGGAAUCUUCAUAAAGUUUUUAGUCAGCCACUAAAAUUAGCCACAGGAUUGACGUUUAAUAAUGAUACAUUGACUAAUAAACUGAAAGAUAAAACGAAAUCUUCUGUAAAGCCAAUUCGUCCGAGGGGCUCAACUUUAAUGAAGCCAACAGCAAGUCAGUUAGCAAAGCAAAAUCAGCCUCCCCAAGUUGGUGGCUCCAGAUAUCAGACAAAAUUGUUCCAGAAUGAGAGAAGCUUGUAUAACUCUUCUGUUGUUGAAAGUCAAGCUGCCAAGAGGCAGAAACUUGAGGGAGGUAACCUGCGUAAGGUAGCUGAUGUAAAGCAGCAAACUGAUUUUGUACACAAGAUGCCUAAAAAGGAUGGAACCAUUGAUAACAGUUCUGUUCAUGCUAAGCUCAAGCUUACUGUUCCAAGAGAACCUGACCUUGAAACAGCACACAGGGCUCAAAGAAUGAGGCCAAAGAAAAACGCAGAUCCAGAACAGGUCAAGUUGGCUCCUCCAAGUUUCAAAGCUCGACCAUUUAACAGAAAAAUUUUUGAGGCUCCUUCAUUACCUCUCCCAAAGAAAAGUACUCCUAGGCUGCCGGAGUUUCAGGAAUUUCACUUGAAGACAUUAGAAAGGGCUAAGCAACAUACCUCUACUGUUUCUUCAACUUCUUUUUGUUGCAGUGAUGCUGAUAAGUGUCUGGACAAACCAAGUAAUGCUUGUGCUCCUGAAAAGGGAAAUGGAGAGUUUAUGAGAGUGCACGAAUUUAAAGCUCGGUCUCUUAAUAAGAAGAUAUUCUCAAGUAAAGGUGAUCUUGGUGUUUUCAGAAACAGCAAAAGGGAAACCACUGUGCCAAUGGAAUUCAAUUUCCAUACAGACAAAAGGAUUCAUCACCAUCCGCCCACAGAACUUUUCAGUAAGCUCUCACUGACAUCCGAACUCCAGACGCAUAAUGGAUCUCAGUUGAAAUUGACUCGACCAAGCUCUACAUAUACACAGGGAUCAAAAGAGAAUAGACUGAUUCCUUUGCAAGCAGAACAUGAGAAAAUAAAUUUGAAAGAAAAACUCUCUCACUUCUCCGUAAGGCAGGCUCAAUAUGGGAGUGUUACGCCUAAAUAUGGGAGUGUUACACCUAUUACUGAAGCUGGAAACCAUUUGUGCAUGAGGAACUUGGGUAUCCGCUAACAGUAACGGAGGACAGAUAUGGCGAUAUAUGGUGCGGAUACUUCUACUGGUUUUCUGUACCUUCUACUACUGUUGCGUGGGAGAUCCACUAAAUGAAUACUCGUUGUUGUGAAGAAAGACUUUAAAGAUGGUUGAGGUCUUUAUACAUACUUCUUGGAGGUUCAGGUCAUAUUGACAACUCAUUUUGUUAAAACUUCUGAAGUAUCAGUCUCAGAAAUCCAUGUAAAGGUUAGCUCUGUGACGCAGAUAAGUUUUAGUUUCUAAGUCAAGAUCACAAGCCAAUGUUGUACAGCCAAUUAAGCCCACCUCACCACCCUCAUACUUAACUCUUAGCAUGAAACAUCACAUGUAAUGGUUACUCCAUGAGAAAUAAAUAGAAAUCAUGUUUUUUUAGAA